UAAACCAAACCUGCCCUAGUUGUGUACAUGUAUGAUAAUUACACAUUGAUUGUCGACAUGGAUGAUAAUUACCAGUCUUCUUUUAUUUGGUAGCGGGAAGCCAUCGCUUUGAGCUAUCACUACUUUACUCUCUGCUUGUUUUCAAAGGGAAAGCUCCGAAAUGGGUUGGUGGGAAAGUUGUGAUGGAACCCGUCUUCUCAUUGCUCCAGAUUCCGAUGCUACUGGAAGCAAAGGACGUUUACUAUCUCUACGCCAUCCCAAAUCAGGAAACACAACAUGCUAUAUUUUUAUCAACGGGGUGCUUCUAGAACUUAAUUGGUUUAAGCAGUCAUACAGGUCUUGGUUUCUCGGUGAUUACGUUUGUGAAGAUGGGCGUGUAUCUACUGCUACUCCAGUUGAUCCUGUAUUCCUAAUGUUGCCCCUUUUUGAAGAAGCUAGAAUGAAGAAGGGGGAUGAUCCUGGGAAAUUCAGGCUAUUAGAAGAGAUAAUUUUUGUUAAUGGCUACCCUGGAUAUCAAUAUUUGCUACCUGUUGCUGAGAAUUGUAUGCGUGUUGUCUGUGAAACCAAAGAAAUUGGAUCAUCGAGAUUCUUUAGGCUUGCCGAUUCUAAGGUUUUAGCUUGGUUAUCCUUCAAGGUAUGCAAACUGAAAGGGACUCUUCCAGUGUUAGACCAGAACUAUGCUGCUCGAGAUGAGAAGGAUACAUUAGCCGAUGCAGUUUCAAUAAUCGGGGAGUACAUGAAAGAUGAACCUUGGUUGAAGCUUUUGUGUGACAAUUUGAAUUUAAAUUUUCCAGUGGAAAGUAUAAAAUCACAAGAGAUAGAAGUUCUUCCUAAUUCAGUGGAUACUGACCUUAAGUCUUCCAAUCUCUUACAGGACAAGAACAAAAGCGAGAAGUCCAAAACUGGAAAGCAAGCCAAAAAGGCGAAAGUGGAGACUGAAUCAAGGAACAUCAAAGACAUGUUUUCGAGGGCAUCAAGAAGGGGAAGUUGAAUGUCUCUAUUGAAGAAGUGGAGCUGUAUCCACACAUUCUCGAUGCUCUGGCUGCUUCAACAUGGACAUCUAUAUAAGCAAUUCUCUCAUUUGUGCAUUUCAAGAGAUUGUAUAUCCAAAAACACCUUGAGCCCAUUUCAAGAGCUGUAUCCACACAUUCUCAAUGCUCUGUCUAGUUAUGAAUGAGGUUCAUCCAGUGGCGAAAACAUGAGGUAGAAUUUAUUAUGCUAACAUGAAUUUUAGGUAUAUGAUUCGGUUCAAGGGAAAACCUAAAAUUUGACCAAGUGUUUGUACUCACGUAGAAUUAGAAUAGAAGUUUCCUUUGGGGCAUGCUUAACUUUAGAUCUACCAAGUCAUGAUUCUUUUUGUCUAAACAUUACUUCAGUCCUUAUAAGAGAUGUUCGUUCUUAAGGGUUUGUUAAAAAAGUUUGAUUGUAUUUUCCCCUUAUGCUUAUUAUGGGAGGUAAGAUAUUUAUUGUGUCUCUGUG